CAGGAAGCUCCGGGGUCGGAUACCGUAUAUUUGGAAGGAUAUGUCAUUUCAAGAAAGCCAAUGUUUUUAAUGCCAGUUUUGCAAGUGGAAAGAGAGUUUUCACCCCGACGAGUUCGUCGUAAACGUAUUGGUUUAUAACAUUUGAUGGAUAAGUUAGCUCUCUGUCAACCAGUCAUAUGAUUUGCUGACAAAAUUCGUGUUUGGUUAUGCUAACGUUGCAGAAUUUCUGUUAAUAAGCAUUUGUUUUCCAUUUUGUUGAGAAUACAAGUCAAGUCUAAUCUGAAACCACAAUCUGGACAGCAAACUGCUUAAAGAGCUGGAGCACAGUUGACAGUAUUUUAGCCACUGAGUCUUUGGAGCUUUGACAUCAUGGAGGUAGCUUGUGGACUACAAUGUAUGAUACUGAUUCACAUUCUGCUGUGCUGUGAAUCUCUUCCUCCUACGCAAAUGCAGUUUUUGAUCCAGGACACCUGGGACAGCUCUCCUGUGAAUCAUGACCCAAUCAGGAUCGUUUUCUCUCCUGGGCUAGGAGGGCUGAAGAUAGAGGUGUUUGGUCCCUUCUUCAAUGACCCAGCAGCUCCUGCAGGGCCCCCCAGUCAGGCCUUCCCUGGUCUCUGGGAUUAUGAAGUCGUGGAGUCCUUCUUCCUUGAUAGUACUAAAGAAAAUUACCUAGAAGUGGAGCUUUGUCCACAUGGACAGCAUCUGAUAUUAUUGCUGUCAGGAGUCGGCCAAGCAUUCCAGCAACAACUGCCCAUGGUGUUUAAUGCCACAAUCACAGGGGACAGGUGGAUGGGUGAGGCUCUCCUCCCCUGGUCAUACUUUCCUCCCAAUAUCAACAGGAUGAACUCCUACGCCAUCCAUGGCUCAGGGGAGGAGCGUACAUAUGAGGCUCUCUAUCCCAUCCCAAAGGAGGAGAUAGUGGAAGGACAAAAACCCAAUUUCCACCGCCUGGAGUAUUUCCAAAAUUUCCGCCUGCAAAGCAUCAUGGGAGAAGAUUGGGUCCAGCCAGAGUCUGAUCUGUGGAGGGGAAAGGCCUGAGUGCUCUCUCUCGCUCUCUUGCUCUCUCUCUCGCUCUCUCUCUCGCUCUCUCGCACACACAGACACACGCAUGCACACACACCACAGCGGCGGGGCAAUAGUACUAACACUCAUUGACAGGGAACAAAGGGCAAUCAAUCUUUAUUAGCUGAUGAUGUCAAACGAUAUGACAAGAAAUAUAUUAUCAGCUUGUCAGAGGGUAUUAGCCGUUACACACAAUUGUACAAGCAUACAGGCACACACGCAUUACAAGGUAUUGGACUUCACCUUAAUUUGCCUCGGCAGAGUGUGACCUACAGCAGUUAUACUGUGGAUGGUGCCAAGGAAUGCUCACUUUGACACUCAGCGCCUGUGUAGCCUGUGCGUUUCACUUCACUGACAUAAACCACAGCAGAUUCUUGUGAUUCUUUGCCCUGACUGUUAAGAGACACUUACACCACAUAAGUGAUAAAUCUGUUCUUUAGAAAAACAUGCUUGAGCUCAUGAAUUGAGGCUGUACUGUAUUAUCUCCUUUUGCAAUAUUUCUUUUAUUUUAUUUUACAAUUAAAUGUGUUUUAAUAUGAUUGCAUAUUGUUGGUGAAGUGUAUUGUCAGUUUGGUUAACAGGCAUCUUCUAAAUUGUAAUAAUAUGUGAUUAUGUUUCAGUGCCAUGUCCAUCUAUUAAAAUAAUGGUUCAUCA